UACUGAUCAAUCACCAAAAUGCUCCGAAUCCUGCUAACAUGUCAGGUGCGUAUCACUCGAGUGGAGAGUAACUGGGAAGCUGAAAACAGUGACCCAUCUGAUGCAAAUCUGGGAUUCAGUCUCAUCAACAUGACAUGCAACGACGCUAUGGAUUUGUGUCAACACUAUUUUAUUCUGCCCCUCUAUACUCACGAGGCCUUAGCAGUUUUCGAAUACACGAAGGACCCUUACAAACUCCUGGUCGGUGGUCGAGAAGGGAUACAAAGCAGAGACUGGAGAUUUGUCCAGGACGACUGUGAUGAGAAGUAUCGAUGGUGCGAAUCCGUCGACUCUGAAGCAAGUUGGGACUACGACCAAUCGUGGAGAUACACGAUUUGCUUCGAAAACUCCUUUGAUGAUAUUUCCAUACCCGAAGGAUGCGCUAAGCCGCUUGCCGUCGUAACUUAUGACACUCAUCAUUACGAUGACAAAGUGCGCGGUCAGCAGAUGCUGCUCUGUCUGCCCUAGUUUGCAUGGUUGUAAUCAAAUCAUCACAGGUCAUAGUAAGCAGGAAUGUUGACCAAACAUUCAGGAGUCGAAUUUAGGAAUUCAACUUUAUGAAACUAUUAUAUCGCAGACUUCCUAUAUCUUCUAGGAUCUCGGGUUUUCCAACCAGCCCACCACAUCCUUCCCGGAUAUACCUUUAUGCUGCUGCCAUAUUUCAGUCAUGUUCCCAGGCCCUGUAUUCAAUAACGGUACUGACUGGUAAUAUUUUUGUGCAAA